AACAUGAACACUAGAAACCACACAGCUGUUUCAGAAUUCCUCCUUCUGGGACUGACAGAUGACCCAGCCCUGCAGCCCCUCAUCUUCAGCCUGUUCCUGUGCAUGUACCUGGUCACCAUCCUGGGGAACCUGCUCAUCAUCCUGGCCAUCAGCUCUGACGCCCACCUCCACACCCCCAUGUACUUCUUCCUCUCCAACCUGUCCUUCAAUGACAUCUGUUUAAGCACCACCACAGUCCCCAAGAUGCUGGUGAACAUCCAAGCACAGAAUCAGCACAUCUCCUACACAGGCUGCCUCUCCCAGGUCUGCUUUGUCUUGAUUUUUAUUGUUUUAGAAAAUUGUCUCCUAACAGUGAUGGCCUACGAUCGCUAUGUGGCCAUUUGUUACCCGCUGAGGUACAAUGUCAUCAUGAGCCCCUUCCUGUGUGUCCUGCUGAUUCUGAUCUCCCUGCUCAUCAGCUCUGUGAAUGCCCUCCUCCACACUCUGACGGUGCUGCGACUGUCCUUCUGCACAGCCCUGAAGUUCCCUCACUUCUUCUGUGAACUUGCUCAGGUCAUCAAGCUGGCCUGUUCUGACACCCUCAUCAAUAACCUGCUGGUCUAUCUGGUCACUGGUGUCCUUGCUGUUAUUUCCAUCUCUGGGAUCAUUUUCUCUUACACUCACAUUGUGUCCUCUGUCUUGAGGAUGCCAUCAUCAGGAGGAAAGUAUAAAGCCUUUUCCACCUGUGGGUCUCACCUGUCGGUUGUCUCCCUGUUCUAUGGGACAGGUUUUGGAGUGUACAUCAGCUCUGCAGUGACGGACUCCCCCAGAAAUUCUGCAGUGGCCUCAGUGAUGUACACUGUGGUCUCUCAAAUGUUGAACCCCUUUAUCUACAGCCUGAGGAACAGGGACAUGAAGGAGGCCUUGAGGAAGAAAAUCUCAAAAAGUUUGUGUUUGUGA